UACAACUGAUGACGUGUAGACUCCUCCUCGUGAUGCCGUUUAGCAACAGAUGAGCUUCACGUUCAUUUCUGGGCAGCUGCGGACGAGCCUCGGUACAGCUGCUGCUGCCGUGCCCGUAAAGGAGUGCUGUUUGACGGUGUAAUGUUCGCCCGGGUCCCGGCGCUUCCCUCGCCUCUCGCACCGUAGCCCUACCGGCGUGCUAACGGCUUCUCCACCCCCCCCCCUCCCGUCCAGAGCCCCCUCGUGUGUUCCCGCUGUCAGUGGCGAGUUGGUCGGUGCAGCGGCGGCUCGCUAUGGACGCGCUGUGGGUGAUUCCGCUGCUGCUGGUGCCGCUGCUGAUGUGGACCAGCAGCACGUUUGUUUUCUAUUUCAAAAAGUGCUUCUAUGUGGCCUGGAUGAUGGUCCUGGCGCUGGUCGCCAUCCCUCUGUGCAUACUGAAGAGCGGCGGCAGAGACGUAGAGAACAUGAGGAUUAUCCGCAUCCUGGUUCGUCACGUGAAGUAUUUCCUGGGUCUGCGGUUUGAAGUGAGCGGUUGGGAGCAUCUGCAGACAGAGGGACCCUAUGUCAUCAUCUCCAACCAUCAGAGUUCCCUGGAUGUAUUGGGCCUGAUGGAGAUUUUACCAGACCGUUGCACCAUGAUCGCUAAGAAGGAGUUGGUCUACGCCGGCACAGUGGGCCUCAUCUGCUGGCUGGGCGGCAUCGUCUUCAUCAACCGCAAGAAGACGAGCGAUGCCAAGAGUGUCAUGGCUGACGCUGCCAAAACCAUGUUGGACGACCAGAUUCGUCUGUGGGUGUUCCCGGAAGGAACGCGAAAUCAGACAGGCGACCUGCUGCCAUUUAAAAAAGGUGCUUUCCACCUGGCAGUGCAGGCACAAGCGCCCAUCAUACCCAUCGUUUUCUCCUCCUACAACAGCUUCUACCUACGGAAAGAAAAGCAGUUCAAAUCAGGGACCAUCAGAUUGAAGAUCCUUCCAAAGAUCGACACAAAAGGGAUGACGUCUGAUGACGUGGCGUCCCUCUCCGACAAAUCCUUCAACGUGAUGCGCUCGGUCUUCCUGGACACCUCCAACUCUGUUCCCCAGAGCAACGGGCCCUCGAGGCACUGAACACUUACCAUACUCCUGCCUCUCCUCCUCCCGUGUCCCUGUCUGAGACCCAUUCCUCCCCCCUCCAGACCUCCCUGCUCUCCCCCACCCCCAGGUUGUCCCAUUACCUGGCCAGGAAACAACAAGACACAGGUCACUUGUCAUGAAAUGUCUUGUCUCGUAGAUGCCUGGUCCAGUCCGCAUCUGGCCUGGCCAUACAGCACAGUCAGUCCCGACCCUCACUGUGUCUGCAGCAGCACGCCGUGAGCGGAGUGACGGACGGACGAGCCGAACAGUAUGGAUGUGUGUCGUUCUUCAUGCAUGCCUUUUGGAUGGCUCUCUCCACCCUCUACCUUGCUUUAUUCUCUUGCUUCGGACGCCAGGUCUUGUUUGACCGCCAUUUUAUUUUCUUUGUCUUUUUUUUUUUUCUCCGUCUUUUGGCUUUCUGUCGAGCAGAUGAGCUUUGCAUUCUCUCUAUUUCUGCUCAUAAACGUCAGUGGCUAUUUAUGUGUUCUGCUCAUGCUGCAUUUGUUUUAGUUACCUUUGAAUGCUCACACACACAUUCAACAUACCCGUAUCUCCUUCCUUCCUUUACUUUUAGUGUCUUCUCCCCCUUUCUGCAUUCCAGUUUCUUGCCUAAAGAAUAAAGGAAGCGGGGUCUCUCCGAGCGUUGGAUUGCGUGGAGGUGAGAGGUCGACAACGGUUCACCAUGGACUCCUUUUAGUUCUGUCGCUAUAAAUUAAACUCCGCAUCCAUGUUGGCUCUUCAACUCUUAAGACCAAUAGCUCCAUGACAUACCUAAUGAUGUCAGCAAGCGAGGAAUUCAAGGUUACGAGAUCCAGUGCAAAAACAAUAGCACCCAUCUGUACUGGAUUAAUGGACUGAUCCGUUUUCAGUGUUGUGCGUUGUUGAUGUACCAUUGUGCUUUCUUUCAGUUUGUCUCCAAAAGAUUAGAAAUGCCCUGCGUGCAGCACCGAGCUCCAAAGUGUCUUCUGGCUGAAUUUUUUUUGUUUUGUUUUUCUAUUUAUUUUCAUGUCGGCUAAUCAUAUUUUUUUUUUUUGUUGGUUGUUUUUCUUUCAAAGAAGUGAUCACAUGUUUUUUGCUCCUCGCAGGGAACUCACAAGUGAACCUAUUUAAGAAGUGUCAAAAAAAGGUGAUUUUCAUAAAGUGCAAUGUCCAACGGUUUCAACAUUACUGUUCCAAAGUGCAAGCCACCUGCUGUGCCAUGACAAAGUGGUUUCUGGGAGGUUUCCGAUGUAAAGACCCUUCUACCGACUGACCUUCUGAAUCAGUCGUGUGUUGACUGAUGACCCUUUACCAAGAAUAUAUUUACCUUUUUACCAAUGAUAUGAUGUGGUUCUUGCUGUAAGUAAAGAGUAUAUGGAGUUAUUUAGAUCUCAAGAAUCCUUUUAACUUGGUCUGAACUUGAAGAUUCACUAAUUACUAACACCCCGACAUCUCAGACGAGUUUAAUUACAUCAAAUGUAUUUUGUGAAAUGUUUUUUUACUAAUUAAUAUGGGAGUUGUUUUGGUUGUGAUCUUCUGAUUUAGUAAUUACCUAACCUUAUAGAAAAUAUCAGAUUAUUUAAAAAAGAAAAAAAAGUUGUUGAAAUUUUGGCCUUAAGUUUGAUUGGUGGUUGUUGUUGCACUUUGGAUUGUUCUGCUUGUUUGCUUAUAAUUGUUUUAAAUUGUUUGUACUAAUGACGUCUAUCCUCAUAGAAGUUUUUUUUUGUUUACAUCCAGGUCUUAAAUUUCACAUUUCUCACUGCCUUUACAAUGUUAGUGAAAUCCCUUAUUUUGCCCAUCAAACACCCUCAGAGAAUGUAUUUCAGCAUUCAUGAUAUUUAUGUACGUAUUCAUUUUUUUUAAAGUGGGGCGCUGUCUUCCGUACAGUUGGCGAUAAAUCGAGGAAAUGUUUUUAUUUGAGCAUUAAUUGUUAAAUCUGGACUGACGUGGUGAUGUGCACACGGAUCAUCUUGUGAAUGGGUUUAAUCAAUACUCUGGUUUUAAGCCUGUACACUGCUGUUCAUCACUAGUUUUACUGAUGCCUGCUGAGCUCCCAUUUGGACAGAGCUUUGUUUAUGUUCAAGGCUGGUAUAGAAUAUACACCCAACAAUAAUAAUUGUUAUAACAAAUCAUUUUUUUCCCCCUUAGUUUGAAUAUAUUUAUUGACUUUUUCUUAUCUGUAAUAGCAGAUUUGACCUUCGCAACAAGUGGUUUGAAUGUCUAAAAAGUACCAAAUUGGUUUCUUCCAAAAAAUAUGAAUUGUACCAUAUACAUUUUGCUUAUGGAGUGUUUUAUCCAUUAAUUUUAUUGUUCUUUUGUAAUUCAAACAUGUGAUUUGUGAGCUUUGUGUCAUGGGCUUGAACCAAACCGGCUCUGCAAUAACCCUGCAAUUUUUAUUUCAUUUUUUUUCCCGUUUACAAACUAAUAUGUAAGAUAUUGGGAGGGAAAAAGAUUCAAAGUAUUCUGAACCUUAAUAAAGCACUUUUCAUGCUGAGUUUGGGUUGAAAAACAAAAAGAUGACUUAAAGUUUUUUAUCUCUGAUUUUCACCAAAGCUAUUAAAGUGUAAUUGGCGGUAGCUUUAGAUGGAUAUGAGAAACUGAGCUGACAUGCUGCAGAGCCGUGAGUGUGUGUGUGUAUGUGUGGUCCCUUACUGUAUAUGUGUGUAAAUACACACACGGUAUAGAUGCUCAUUAUAUUAUCGGGUUAACAUUGAUGAUGUAGUGUUCUUGAUUUUCAGCUCUUCUGGGUAGACGUGAAUGCCUUGCAAAAGAAUAAAUAAAGAUUUUCUUUCUUUUCUUAA